ACACCGCGACGCCCAUGUGUUUUGAAUUGCCACAAAAACGAAAGUCUACCAGUCGACCAGCUUUGUGCGACAAAAGCCUCAGAAUAUGAGCAGGGACAACAAGAUGAAGCACCUGACCCAGCGGGCCAUCUCCUCACGCAUGAACUACCUGUUCCAGGCCUCGAAUUUAAUGGCAGUAGGCAAUCAACCAAAAUUGGCCGCCUAUUAUGGCAAACUCUGCCGCAAUGUGGGCACCAAGGCUAUCAUGCACAUGGCCCCGGCCGUGAAGCGUUCCCUGUGCAGGCGCUGUUUCCUUCCCCUGAUUCCCGGAGUGAAUACGGAGCUGCAUGUGGAGGAAGGAGCACAGGAGGCCAAGACUGAUGCACAAGCUCAAUCGAACGGAGCAGUCAAAACGAAGAAAAAGCGCCAUCGCAGGCAGCGCAAGAAGCCCAGAAGCCGGAAAACAGGGAACACCAACCAGGAGGAAUCCGAGGAGCAAAUCCAAGAAAGUACUGAACAGGUCUCUUUUUUCUUAGAGUGCUCACUCUGCUGCGGCCGGCGAAGCUUUGCGGCGAACAGUCAAAGAGACUGCUGGUUGGAGCAGCCGCAAUCCAUAGUGCAAGUGGUCUCGCUCCCCAAAGAGAAAGACGAGCGAUAAGCUGAAGCUUUGCUUAUCAGCCAGCCUGCCUGUUGUGCCAUCACCUGAUUGCUCGGCAGUUGAGCCUGGAAUGCUUAGCUGUAGGCAACUUAUUUCUCGGCUGAGCCUUCUUCGGCAGGCGAGCACAUUUGCUUGUGUGCGACUAUGCCCCGACUAUGUAGAAGUCCAGGAGGAGCAGGGCAAUCUCCUGAAGUACCCCCAAGUUUGGCUUAGGGACAACUGUCAGUGUGCCGAGUGCUUCCACGCCGCCACAAGAGCAAGAAAAAGUCACUGGGAUCGUGGCCCGCUGAAUAUACCAGUGUCCCAAGUGGCCUACAACAAGGAGAGGAAACAGUUGGAGAUCAUCUGGCAGGACAAGCACAGGAGCACCUUCGAUCUAGGCUGGCUGAGGGAAAGGGACUUUGGAGAGACUGGCAGAAAGCAUUACUUGGAGGAGGUCUACAAGCCACCCGCUCAACUCUGGGGAAAAACGGAGUUCGAGGAUGUGAAAAGAGAAUUCCAAUACGAGGAUGUGCUGGAGCAAGAUGCAGCCCUGAGAGUUUGGCUUGAGGCACUGGCAGUCCAAGGAUUCGCCAUUCUGAAAGGGGCACCCAACGACAUAAAUGUGGCUAAGAAAUUGGCCGAACGAAUUGGCUACAUAAAACGCACCACCUACGGGUAAAUAUUAACCAAUAGAUGACAUACUUCAUCGUACAGUACCAGGGUCAUAAAACUCACAUUUGCCGAGAGCUGUAUUAUCUAUCAGUCCACUAAAUAUUAUCACUAUCGGUUGAUUGUUACAGCCAGAAUCAGGCAAAUAUUUUCAACCAGGUGUCCAUUUGUACUCAUGAUAAAGAUUUGAUUACCACUUACUCACGCUAGAUACUACUACAGAAUAUGCUAGCCACAUUUCAUAAAUUAAAAGGGAAAACACCUUAGUUGCAUUACUCAAGUUCAGCUAUAAAUUAUCUACUAUCCCGCCUCCCCUAGCGACGUUUUCGAGGUUAAAUCCAAACCAAAUGCGCGCAACUACGCCUAUCUAAUGACUCCCCUGCCGCUUCAUACCGACAUGCCCUACUACGAGUACAAGGCGGGCAUCAACAUCCUGCACACCCUCGUCCAGUCGGAGUCAAAGGGUGGAGCAAAUACGCUGACAGAUGGCUUCAACGUGGCCUCGCAGUUGCAAAAACUGCAUCCGGAGGACUUCGAGGUGCUCAAGUCGGUGCCCGUUAACUGGUUUGACAUCGGACACGACGGCGAUGACUCCAAGCCCUUCCACAGUCUCUGGAGAGCGCCAGUAAUUUGUUUGGAUGUGGAUGGCCGGUUCGCGAGGAUCAACCAGAACACCACUAAGCGGGACAGCCGGUUCUCCGUUUCCCUGGCGCAGGCCGUGUCCUGGUACAAAGCCUACGAUAAGUUCCUUGAGAUCGCCCAGUCCGAGGCGGUGGAGUUCAAGACCCAAGCCGGCGAUGUGUUCGUCUUCAACAACCUGCGAAUGUUGCACGGAAGAACGGCUUACGAGGAUGCGCCGGGCAACAAGCGUCAUUUGGUGGGCGCCUACGUCGACUGGGACAUUAUUUACUCCAAGCUGCGAACCCUGAAGUUCCCAAAUGCCAAGGAUUGACUGAGGGAAUGUUGUGAGAUUUAGUUGAAAUGUAACUGUGAAUUAAAUGGUUUUUUUUUACAC